UCUUCUUGAACAGCAUGAUAAGCACCUGUUGCCAUCUUGUCAGCGUGCAACUGGGGAUGCGUAGUCAGACAUCCUCACAGUUGUAUUCAUACAUCUGCUGUAGCACCAUGUGCUCUGAACCCAAUGCCCUGUUUCUGUACAGUACGACGAUGCCCGAUUUUAUCCCUGAACCUGAGAUUAGUCCCCUGGUAGAUGGUGGCCGGAAGAUCAGCUCACCAUGAUGGAAGGCAAACCCGAUCUUGGAGGGACCUGCUGCAUCCACAGAGCGCAGAUGCACAAGUCCGGCAAGCACAUCAUAUGGCUGCCCACGCACCGUCGUACGUGCAUGUCGGUCGGUCCAAUCGAAUGGCUCGUGCUAGAUCUAGCCGCGUCAGCGUGCUCAAACCAGCAGCAGCAGUGAUGGUUUUUGCCAUCUUCUCCAGACUGCACUGCACUGCGCCAGCGCGCCGUGUUUACUGUGCCGAAAUGAUUCAGCCCACUGAGCCUGGGAGCACGCUUUACAGUGAUCCCACGCACCCCAUCUCUGUCGGUGCUCCGCCCUUAAAUUGGGCGGCAUCAUGGCGCCACGAUCCAUCAUCGCACCGGCACUCCUCUCUGCAAAGCCAGCCAUCGGAGGGAGGAGGAGGGGAGCUUUUGGGCUUUUGGGCUUUUGGGGGUGGUGCGCCAUGGGGGAGGUGAAGCACCUGUGCCUGGUGAAGUUCAAGGAGGGCGUCGUGGUGGAGGACGUCCUCAAAGGCAUGACCGACCUUGUCGCCCAGAUGGACAUGGUCAAGUCCUUCGAGUGGUACACCUACCUUGAUGAGGGCCAGGACGUGCUGAACCAGGAGAUGCUGACGCAGGGCUUCACGCACGUCUUCUCGCUCACCUUCGCCUCCGCCGACGACCUCACCAGCUACAUGGGCCACGAGAAGCACGCCGCGUUCGCCGCCACGUUCAUGGCCGCACUCGAGAAGGUGGUCGUCAUCGACUUCCCCGUCGUCAUCGCCAAGCCACCGCCGUCGGCAUGAUCGACCUGCCACAGCAUCUGUCGGCCAUUGUACGGUGCCUUUUUCAGGUCGUAGCAGAUCAUCGUCUAUUUGCAGCGGUGAUGUAGUACCACGUACGCGUCCAAGUACGUGUGUACUAGGCUCCCUAUUACUACUUGUUCUGCUAGUCCCGUCUAGGACGACGUCUAUUGUAGCUGUAAGGCAAAUACGUACCUAUACCGUGCAGCACUCCGUGUUCAUGUCCCUAUUGGUUGGUUAUCUUUGGAAUAAAUUUUGGUGAUCUUAAUUUCUGGUAGCAGCUCAGCUACCUGUA